AUGUCCCUAAGUGACGAAAAGGGUGCGCUAAAGGGUAAGAAAGUUGGUAAAGGGGUUAAACCCUUUGAGAUUCAGUUACAGGAGUGUAGAGAUGUCAUUAGGGAAUCUGUGAUGUUUAAAGAGGUUACUGGGAAGAUUAAAGAGUUCAAUGGUAUUGAUAGGGUGCGAUGCCUGGCAAUUGGUGAUUUCCAGGAAGAUUUCCCUGCUCGGUAUCAGCUUGCAUUUUUAUUGGAAUGUUUAAAUUGGCUACGUGAAGAAUUGGCCAGUGAUCUUCAAGUUUCUAUUUAUGACCCGGUGUUUUCCCCUGAGAAUUUAAAAUAUUUGGAGUCUUUAGGUCCAUGUUGGUCAAUUGAUUCGGAUCCGCCAGCGGAUUGGAAAGAUCAUACCAACACAACCCUUUUCUUUUUGCCGCAUGCCCCUCUAGAUCUCACAGAAACUGUAAUCGUUCAAGAACAUCCAAAACUUUGGUUGGCCAAUAAUCUGAUACAACAUACAGACAGGUAUACAAAAUCUCAGCUGUUCGAAAAAUAUCCGACGUUGAGUAAACUAGUACAUAUUCUAUCUGAAAACGAAUCUGCUGCACUAAUUGAAAAUAAAAAUAAGGAUAAUAAGAAUGAUGAUGAUGAAGGUUUUACCACCUUUACAUCCAAGAAGAAAAAGCGUUCCAGAAAUAAAAAUGUAUAUCGUGAACCAGUGAUAGAUUAUGAUUCUAUUGAUUCCUAUUUCAAAACUUGUAGACUGUUGACUACUUUCGACAAUGGUACACAGCUCAAGAAUAGUCCCUGGAAUCAUUCCUUUUCAGAUUUAGCAUUUCAUGUCAUCGAGUAA